UCCUAGGAGGUCAGGACAAAAAGCUAGACUUCUACCGGCAGUUUCCUCCUAGAGAUUAAACUUUCCCACCAGCCUGCGGCUUACCGUUUUCUCCGAGAGAUGUUUAUACUAGGGAAUGUCCAGUUGGGGGUAUUUAUCCAUCGUCCCUGUCCCUGUCUCUGGUGGGGCUGCUGAUGGCCAAAAGGGUAAAAUGAGCUGCUGGGCUCAGGAUCAUGAAAAUCUGGAAUCCAGAUUCAAGAAUGCCCCCUAUUUUCGCUGUGAGAAGGGAAACGAGUCGGUCCCAGUGUGCCAGAAGUGUGAGACGUGCGUCCUGGCCUGGAAGAUCUUCUCCACGAAGGAGUGGUUCCAAAGGAUCAAUGAAAUGUCGCAGAGGAGAUUUCUGGUGAGCAUGCUGCAACAGUUAAAUAACUUGCACUUGCUCCACUACUUCCAGACGCUCCUCCAGGGCACGCAGGGCAAGGACUUCAUCUACCACCGGGCGCGGGUCUCCCGCAGCCGCAAGGAGGCGAAGGUGGUGAGGUCGUCCCUGAAGCAGGUGCUGGAUAGGAGCGUGGAGCACAAGAUGAAGGCGAUCUUGUACUGGUUUGGAAGCAGCACGAACCGCACCAAGGCCAAUUUUCUGCUCCUGCUGCUGCAGGUGUGUAACUACCGACUACUGAUUACCGCGGCUGACGUGAUCCAGGUCCUGUUCGUGAGAGAGUGGAACAGGGUGUCAGGGUCCACUCAAGACUCUGCUGAUGUGUCUUUCACACCUGAGCAAGACAGUUCCAAGUCUGCCACCUCGCGUUUCUUAUGGGCAGCUAGAUCCAGGCCUGUUUCCUUCCCUCUGUCUAAAGCCUCCGUAAGUCAGCAAAUCCAGGUGGAAGGUGCGGAUUUCAAAGCACCCGAUGCACAGGGACCGUGGAAGAGUUCGCUCCAGUGUAUCUCUGAGAUGAACAGGCUGUUUGCUGGGAGAGCCCCAGCAGCCAAGCCAGGGUUCGACCCCUGCCACUUGCUCCUGAGCCUGGAGGAGAUCAGAGACCUGUCUUCCGGGUGCAGCAAAUACCGAGACUUCAUCCGUUACUUACCCAUCCACCUCUCCAAGCGCAUUCUAAGAAUGCUGGAUAAAAAUACCCUCAACAAGUGUGCCUCUGUGAGCCAGCACUGGGCCGCCAUGGCUCAGCAGGUCAGGAUGGACUUGGUCACGCACACCUUCAUUCAGAACCAGAUUACCCUGUUGCAGGGGUCCUUCAUGCGAGGAGUUGAUCCUAAUUACGCCAACAAACUUUCUAUCCCAGUUCCCAAAAUGGCAGAAGAUGGGAAACGAACACGUGUAAAAAAUCCCAAGUUGAAACUGAGAACAAAGAAUGACUACAACCUGUGGACUGCGUACCAGAACCAAGAAACUCAACAGAUCCAGAUGGAGGAGAGAAAUGUGUUCUGUGGGAGCUACAAUAUCCGCAUUCUCUUUGACACGUGGGAUCAAAACAGAGUCAUCCACUACUCUGGUGGAAACUUAGUCGCGGUGUCCUCUAAUCGGAAGAUCCAUCUUCUGGAUCUUGUGCAAGUGAAAGUGUUACCCACCGAGUUCCGAGGCCAUGCUGGGAGCAUUCGAUCUCUUUUCUUGUGUGAGGAGGAAAACUUUCUCCUGAGUGGCAGUUACGACCUCAGUAUCAGAUACUGGGAUCUGAAAAGUGGGGCUUGCCUGCGUAUCUUCAAUGGCCACCAGGGAACGGUCACUUGCAUGGAUUUGUUGAAGAACAGGCUCGUGUCUGGAGCCAAAGAUGGCCAGGUGAAAGAAUGGGACAUAGACACGGGAAAGUGUCUGAAGACAUAUAAACACAAAGACCCCAUCUUGGCCAUCAGGAUCAAUGACACCUACAUCGUGAGCAGUUGUGAGCGGGGACUAGUCAAAGUGUGGCACAUGGCCACAGCCCAGCUGGUAAAGACUCUCAUGGGCCACGAGGGAGCUGUGAAGUGCCUGUUCUUUGACCAGUGGCAUAUCGUCUCAGGAGGCAGUGACGGCCUGGUCAUGGCCUGGAGCAUGGUGGGGAAAUACGAGCGCUGCCUCAUGGCCUUCAAGCAUCCAAAGGAGGUGCUCCACGUGGCCCUUCUCUACCUCCGGGUCAUCAGCGCCUGCGCAGACGGCAAGAUCCGCAUUUACAACUUCCUCAACGGGAACUGUCUGAAGGUGAUCAAAGCCAACGGCAGAGGGGAUCCUGUGCUGUCCUUCUUUUUUCAGGGCAACAGGAUGCUGAUCAACACGGAGAGCAAUAUUGUCAUGUUCCAGUUUGAGCCUGUCAAGUGGCAGUACUCCGCGGACAGAGGCAGAUCAAAGAGGGACAAAGACAGAGAAGAGGAGAAGGAGGACGACGGCUUCACGGAGGUGCUCUCCAAGACGAGCGCUCAGGCGUACAGCCCGAGAGAUUCGCCAUCCAGCAAACAGACGGUGGCCCCCGAGAGUUUGCUGGGCAAACCCCCCAAGUCCCGUGUCCUUGGGAAGGCCGCCAAGUUAACAUCAGCAGAGGAACGUCAAAGAAAGUUGAAAUCGCCCCGAAAAGACGCCAAGAAGAGAGCUCAUCCUGUUGCCAAAGAAACUAAUAUCCAGGAUGGUCGACAGCAGAGUGCCGAAGCAAAAUCCUUGGCAAGAGAGAUUAACGAAGCAGAUGUUGUGCAGAAAGUACAAGAGGAAAGACAAGUGAAAAUUCCUGUCCAAUUCACCCCUCGCAUGAAGGACAAGCUCUUGAAGACCCCCAUGUCCCCGGAUCGGUUCCUGCUGACCAUCAACGCGCUGCAGCAAGCACACAACUCGGGCCAAUUUGCUUAUCCCCACGGGCCACAAACCCAGGUCCUGGAUGCUUGGGGACCUUCCAUUUCCCACCCACGGAAGGUCCUGAGCUUCAAAGGAAAAUCAAUCCAACAGGCGGUUGACCGCUUGCGAGCCAGCAACCCCACCCUGGAUGUGAAAGAAACCAACAUUCCCCUGGAGAUCCAGAAACUGCAACCCAACUUGAAGAGGUCCCUGCACAGCCCCCGAGUGCAGUCCACCAUCCCCCAGCCCAUGCUAAUCCGCUCCAAGCCCCCUGAUGGCUUCAAGCGGGAAGGUGGAGCCACCAGUUCCACCCCGGGCGGGGUGAGCAGCGUGGGUCCCCUGGGCAGCAGGCAGGUUUUCAAGCCCAGCAGUUUGAUCACACCUCGAGUGGGCACAGCAGCCCAGUGUCUCAGGAAAGAGCGGCCCCGUAUGUGCACGGCCCUGGACCCGCUGAGGCUCAACGCCGACUACCUGCUGCUGACCGUGAAGGAGGAGGGCGAGUACAGGGAAGCCAAGAUGAAGGAGUACCAGGCUUGCGGGGCCAGAGGCGUGGUCGACAUGGGGAAAGCCAGCCGAGCUGCGUGGGUCAGGAAGGUGAAAGGCCUGGCCAUCGACCAGUUCAUGAAGGAAGGAAAAGUAGCAGCCCCAGAACUUGGACACAAUGUGUUUAUCUAAACCAGCCUUGAGAAAGGACAGCAGCUUACAAUAAACAGAAAACCAAGUGGCUUAUUCUCCC